GGUAUUUCAAAGAUUCGAUAUUUUUUUCCAUAACUUGUAACAAAUAUAUAUAUACUUUUAACAAUUUGGGAAGGUUUUGAUUGUUAAGAAUCCAUUGAAGUUUCUAAAAGAAAAUGAUCUUGUUGAACAAUGGAAGCAUUCUAUGGAACUUAGUUGCAACUCUUGAAAGUAAAUUAUGUAUUGAGAAAAGCUUCUAUUUCUGGAUUUUUCAAAUUUUCAAUAGUUAUAAUACGAGUACUUAACCGAAAACUCUGACAUUGUAUUGUUCUAAGUUACUUUUGGCCUUUUUUUUGGUUCUAUAUUUUCUUUGUAAAUUCUCUAAAUUCUAGUAGGAGAUUAUGGGAGGAUCUUCACUGCCACCAGGGUUUCGCUUUCAUCCAACGGAUGAAGAAUUGAUUGGAUAUUACCUUAAAAGGAAAGUUGAAGGACUUCAAUUCGAACUUGAAGUGAUUCCGGUUAUUGAAUUGUACAAAUUUGAUCCAUGGGAAUUGCCUGAUAAAUCUUUCCUUCCAAAGCGCGAUAUGGAGUGGUUCUUUUUUGUUCCACGUGAUCGCAAAUACCCAAAUGGGUCGCGAACAAAUAGAGCAACAAAAGCCGGUUACUGGAAAGCCACAGGAAAAGACCGAAAAGUGACAUGCCAAUCUUCUCUGGCAGGGUAUCGUAAGACUCUUGUCUUUUAUCGUGGCAGAGCACCAUUAGGUGAUCGCACUGAUUGGGUGAUGCAUGAGUACCGCCUAUGUGACGAUGUUUCAAGAGGGACACCAAGUUUUCAGGGACAGUUUGCUUUGUGUCGUGUGAUGAAAAGGAACGAGUCAAAAACCAGCUAUGUGACUAGUGGCCCAAAAACUAAGGAGCCCGGAAGUAGUAGUAAUGGAGUUGUCAAUGACUCGUUGGUUCUUCAAACAAGCACCCGAAUGGGUAAUGAGAGUAAUUUAUCCAGUCCUCUUGCCUCUUAUGAGAAAACGUCUACUUCAGAAAAUGAACCAACUUCCUCUGUUGGCCGUACCAAUUCUUCGAGCUUUUGGGUCUCACCUGAUUUAAUUCUUGAUUCUUCAAAGGAACAAUCGAGAGGAUUAGAAGGGCCGUUUGGGUAUAUCACAGAGGACAUUUCAAAUCCAAUGAGUCCAUGGCAACCAUAUCACCAGGUUGAAAUCUCACCAAGUUCAUCAUACUCGAAUUUUACAGAGGAAGUUGAACUAGUUGAUGACCCAAAUCGAUUUGGCUACAUGUCGCCAUAUUCAGUAAAUGAAAACUUAACAGGAUUUUUUGGAAACGAAGAUCAAUUUCCAUAUGAGUUUUACGGAGGUAGUUGAGCCUUUAGUUCUCGAAAGGCACACAAAGAUUGGGGUUACUGUGUUCCUAAUACGUUUAAGGGGGUUGUGUUUUCUGUCUUCAUUUUUUUCUUAUUAUUGUGUAAUGCUUUAUAGUAGAAUACAAAAAGAGUCCCUGAGUAACGAUCACUAUUAUCGAUUGUUACCAGGAGUGGAUAUGAUGUCUGCUUUUAUAAGCUUUCAUGGAAGCAAUCUACUGUGAAAUACUAUAUUUUUUUUC